GAGCAUUCCCAUCUUUUCCACUUAGAUAUUCAUCCAUCAGUGAGUUUCAUCAUAACACGCGCAUCCUUGAGCUAACAUUGUCCCUCUAGAAUGGCAACCGAGAGCUUUGGAUUCCAAGCUGAAAUCAGUCAACUCCUUGACUUGAUUAUCAACACUUUCUAUUCCAACAAGGAGAUCUUCCUUCGUGAGUUGAUCUCGAACGGUUCAGAUGCCCUCGACAAAAUCCGUUAUGCCUCCUUGACCGACCCCUCCGUUCUUGAGACCGAGAAGGAUCUCUUCAUCCGUAUCACACCAGACAAGGAGAACAAGCUCCUCACUAUCCGUGAUACCGGUGUCGGCAUGACCAAAGCUGACUUGGUCAACAACCUUGGUACCAUCGCAAAGUCUGGCACAAAGGGUUUCAUGGAGGCUCUCAGCUCUGGUGCCGACAUUUCUAUGAUCGGUCAAUUUGGUGUCGGUUUCUACUCCGCUUACCUUGUCGCAGAGCGUGUUCAGGUCAUCUCAAAACACAACGAUGAUGAACAAUACAUCUGGGAGUCCGCUGCAGGUGGCACCUUCACUAUCACUCCUGAUACCAUCAACGAACCCAUCGGACGUGGUACUGAGAUCCGCCUUUACCUCAAGGAUGACCAGACUGAGUAUCUUGAGGAGAAGAAGAUCAAGGAGAUCGUCAAGAAGCACUCCGAGUUCAUUUCAUACCCCAUUCAACUCGCCGUCACUAAAGAGGAAGUUGAAGACGAUGAGGAGGAAUUGAAGGAUGAGAAAGAGGAAUCCAAGAUCGAGGAGGUCGAGGACGACGAUAAGCCCAAGGAAAAGAAGACCAAGAAGAUCAAGGAGACUGAAACCACCAACGAGGAACUCAACAAGACCAAGCCCAUCUGGACGCGUAAUCCUCAGGAGAUAAAUGCCGAGGAGUACGGCGCCUUCUACAAGUCCCUCACCAACGAUUGGGAGGAACAUCUCGCCGUCAAGCACUUCUCUGUUGAGGGUCAGCUUGAGUUCAAGGCGAUCUUGUACAUUCCUAAGCGCGCGCCCUUUGAUCUCUUCGAGACCAAGAAGAAGCGCAACAACAUCAAACUCUACGUCCGCCGCGUUUUCAUCAUGGACGACUGUGAGGACCUCAUCCCCGAGUACCUCAACUUCGUCAAGGGUAUCGUCGACUCUGAGGACUUGCCACUCAACAUCUCCCGUGAAACCCUGCAACAAAACAAAAUCCUCAAGGUCAUCCGCAAGAACAUCGUUAAGAAGUGCAUGGACCUCUUCACCGAGAUUUCGGAGGACAAAGACAACUUCAACAAGUUCUACGAGUCGUUUGGCAAGAACUUGAAGCUUGGUAUCCACGAAGAUGCUCAGAACCGCAGCAAGCUCGCCGAGUUCCUCCGCUUCUUCUCUACGAAGGCCCUCGAGGAACAGACUUCGCUCAAGGACUACAUUACCCGUAUGCCCGAGGUCCAGAAGUCGAUCUACUACCUCACUGGCGAAUCCCUUGGCGCUGUCCGCGACUCGCCGUUCCUCGAAGUGCUCAAGAAGAAGGGCUUCGAAGUUCUGCUUCUCGUCGACCCUAUCGACGAGUAUGCCGUCACGCAACUGAAAGAGUUCGAGGGCAAGAAACUUAUUUGCGUUUCGAAAGAGGGCCUCGAGCUCGAGGAGACUGAUGAGGAGAAGAAGUUGCGCGAGGAGGAGGCUGCGCAAUUCAAUGACCUCUGCCAGACCAUCAAGGAAGCACUUGGUGACAAGGUCGAGAAAGUUGUCGUCUCCAACCGUAUCACCGACUCUCCUUGCGUCCUCGUUACCGGCCAAUUCGGUUGGUCAUCUAACAUGGAACGUAUCAUGAAAGCACAAGCUCUCCGUGACUCUUCGAUGUCAUCAUACAUGGCGUCCAAGAAGACCCUUGAGCUCAACCCUUCAAAUGCCAUCAUCAAAGAACUCAAGCGCAAGGUCGCCGAGGACAAGGCUGAUAAGUCUGUCCGCGACCUCACCUUCCUGCUGUUCGAGACCGCGCUCCUCACCUCCGGUUUCUCACUCGACGACCCCACAUCAUUCGCCAAGCGCAUCAACCGUAUGAUCAGCUUGGGUCUUGACGUCGAUGAAGAAGAGGAAGAGUCAGCACCCGCUGAAGACUCGAGCGCCCCUCCGCCAUUGGAGGCCGUGUCGACAUCGGCGAUGGAGGAGAUUGACUAG